AUGGAAACAAAUAUACCUUUAGAAAAUGCUUCCCUGCUAGAUGGAAAUAUUGACCGAAGUGAUGUGCAGUGUCUCGGACAUAUGACUAGUAGUAUGGUCCCGUUGAUUUUAUUCGAGCAAUGCACUGUUUAUGCCAUGGCUUGUAACAAGAGAUUGAAUUUUUCUCGUCUCUUCUUUAAUAAGAUGUUUGAAUUCAUCACUGGGAACAAGAAGCCAACCUAUGUUCCAUAUCCUCGUUGGCUUGCAUUAAUCUUAGCUCAUGUUGGUGAGGGUUAUAAUGUCAACCAUGUAAUUUCUUUUCAGAUCCCAUCUCUUUCACUAAAAAUCAUCUCUAGCCCUAUUAAUGGAGAUGCUAAUUUGACUAUGUAUAUGGAAAAUUUGGUUGUACAUCCUUAUGAGGUGGAAGAUUCUUAA